UUCCUGUUUGGAAUUUCUGGCAAAUGCAAGGCUGAAGUUCAUCAGUGCCAUCCUAGAGGAACUGGGGGCUCCAGAAGGGCUUUGUGGCCCCACAAAUAUCCUUGGCCCGAGCGAUGUGUCUUAGAUCUUUAAUAUUCAAACCAUGUCAUGCUACCUCAAACCUGUCGGCGGGAAGUUCUCUUCUGCAGAGAUAAAAUCAACGCACCUGUUUGACUUCCUGUUCAGACGGCCUUCUUCUCUCUUUUGCCCGGUUUCAGAGCAUCUUCAUUCAUGACGGAAGAUCUCAUCAUGUACUUCAAUUACAGUGGAGAGAUGGACGACUACAAUGACAGUUAUUCCUACGACUGUUGCUUAGCCCAGCCGUGCGAUCUGAACCCAUAUCAGAACUUUUCCAUGCAGUUUCUGCCUUCCUUCUACACCCUAAUUUUCUUGCUGGGUCUCGGAGGCAACAUGAUGGUCAUCGCUGUCUUGCUCCUGGACAAAGUCUCCUUACUGGGGACCGACAUUUUCAUCUUCAACCUGGCCAUCGCGGAUAUUCUUCUGGUGUUCACGCUCCCUUUCUGGGCUGCCCAGGCCGUGCUGGGCUGGAUCUUCAAGGACUUCCUUUGCAAGGUCAUCGGCAGCAUCCUGAAGAUCAACUUCUACGCCAGCAUCCUCUUCCUCAUCUGCAUCAGCUUUGAGCGGUACCUCUCCAUCGUCUACGUCAUACGGAUGUACAACAGGAACAAGCGCUUCCUGAUCGUCUACACCACCUUGCUGGUGUGGCUCGUCUGCUUCCUGCUGACCGUGCCCGACUUCAUUUACCUGACGGCCGAGUUUGACAGCCGUCUGAACGUUACUUCCUGCGUCCUCUCCUUCCCACCUCAUAGUAGCAAGAGGUGGAGAAUCGCCCUGAUUAUCAUCAACCAACUGGUCGCUUUCUUGCUCCCUCUGAUGGCCAUGAUCUACUGCUACGUCCACAUCAUCCUCACCCUCUUGCGUUCCAGAGGGUUCCAAAAACACAAGGCCCUCAAGGUUAUCUUGGUGGUGGUGGUGGCCUUUUUCCUCUGCUGGUCGCCCUAUCAUUUGGUGCAGUUCCUCAACACCUUGCUCCAGCUGGACCUCCUGCAGAAGGAUUGCCAGAGGGAUGAGAGCUUGGACAUUGCCGAUACCGUCACCACCAGCUUAGGCUUCUUCCACUGUUGCCUCAACCCGCUGCUCUACGCCUUUGUCGGCGUCAAGUUCCGGAACAAGCUCCUGACCGUGCUGAGGAGAUUCGGCUGCAUCAAUCAGAACUUCCUGAAGAAGCAUUCCAGGUCCUUCAGCCAGCAGAGAGAUUCAAGUUGGUCCGAAAGCACAGAUUGCUCCUAUGCGGCUUUCUAGAAUGAUCUGGGGCCGUAAGGACGCCAUUGUUCCAAAGGUGCCUUUUUCACGAGGCAACUGGUUUUUCUUUGAAGAUAUUUCACUUUCCAUCCAAGAAACUUCUUCAGCUCUGACUGGACUUUCGUUGUUUUUCCUUGAAGAUGUUUCGCUUCCCAUAUCAGAAACUUCUUCAGUUCUGACUGAACUUUCCUUGUUUGGAUGGUGGGGAAUGGACGCCAUUGCUAUCCCAGAAUUCUCCUCUUGCUGCUCUGUAAACAGAGGGAACAUGGCACUCCGUCGGUACAGCUAGUCCUCGUCUUAACAACUCUUUGUUUUGCGACCGUUCGAAAUUGCAACAGCACUGAGAAAAGUGAUUUAUGACUGGUCCUCACAGUUAUGACCAUUGUGUCAAUGUGAUUAAAAUUCCUGCUCUGGGGUCAUGUGUGAUCACCAUUUGUGACCUUCUCAGCUGGCUCCUGACAUGCAAAGCCAAUGGCGGGAGGGGGGGGGAAGCUGGUUUCGCUUAAUGACCGUGUGAUCCAUUGAACUGCAUGAUUCGCUUAAUAGCCAUGGCAAAAUAAAACUGGUAAAAUCAGGUACGAGUCAUUUAACAAUCGCUUUGUUUACCAAUGGACAUUCUGAUCCCAACAGUCAGGUGGUUUUUAAGAAGAGAUUGGACAGCCAUUUGUCUGAAGUGGUAUAGGGUCUCCUGCUUAAGCAGGAGGUUGGACUAGAUGACCUCCAAGGUCCCUUCCAGCUCUCUUAUUCUGUUAUUCGAAGCUGAGGACUGCCUGUGUGUCUAGCAUCAAGACCGAGCAUCGAAAUUCCCCUGUGAAUGAAGUUUCAUUCAGACUUUCUGAAAAAAUUGUUCUUCGGAUAAGGAGGGGGGGUCCCGGCAAUCCUGACGGUUUUUGAACAUUAUCGCUUCCAUGUCUGACUCAAGAAACUGGUGGCUCAAUAUGGUUUUGAGGUUAUCUGUUCAUGUUUUCAGUUUCUUCUCCUAAUCAAAGAGAGCAGCGUUCUGAGGUUGAAAAUUGGGGUCGAAAACUUCCCAUGCCAGAAACCACAAGGUGUCAAGGCUCGUGUCAAAACCUCCAAGUUGUUCGUUCAUGGCAUCUGCUGUUGCAUUGUGUUGACUCGUGUUGUGUCCUUGUUUUCUUAUCAUAAACUCUUGACUGCCCUUCUGAAACGGAUAGCUGAAGAUUAUGUUUUCCAUCUAAAUCUGGUAAAAUGAGAAGAGUUUUGAGCGAGUCUUUGAACCGAAUAUACACCAAUAAGGACAGAUGAGAGAAGAAAAUCAUCUCGUUGUUUUUGCUCAAUUCUUCUGGAUGUCUAAUACUGGAGAGAGGAUAUCCAAAAAAAAAAAAAAAAGGAGCUUAACUCUAUAUGUAUUCAACAUUCUAAAAUUAAAAAAUAUAAAUGCUGAAUGAGAUGAGAGUGUUUUUAAUGAAAUGUUCAGGCUGACUAAUUGUGAGUCUAGCGUUUUCGGUGUUUUUCUGUACCUGGGAUCUCUGCAUUCUUUAUUUUAUUGUGUUACUUUUUCCUAGUCUCCUCCUCUUCCUCUC